AUGUUGCGCCGUAGCGAGCUUCUGUUCAAAAAGGGCUGGACGCACAACCCGGGACGCACACGGCGUGGUGGGAAGAAUCUUGCAUGGCGUCCAAAGAUGUCGGAGCGGACCCUCGAACGGUUUGUGCCGCUCAAUCUCGCGUUUCCGCGUCGACACCCGAACUCGUGGCAAGAGCUGCAGUUCCGCCUUUUAGGGUACACCAAGUGGCCGAAGGAGAUCGGCUUCUACAACACUGGCGACAACUUUGAAUUGACACCUGAAGCAAUGUUUCGACUCUACUUGAAGAACCGCGAUGAGACUUUCUGGACGCGGCUACACAAUGAGAAGACAGUGGUGCACCUGAUGCCUAAGGUGGAGAAGGAACCGAGGAAAUACAUGAAGCAGGUUGACGAUAUAUUUCGGCACCAUCUAAAACGCUUUGGCGCAGAUCACUACAUUUACAAUGCUGUUAUACAGGCAACUGCCUUUGCAAAGGACUUCCCACGUUGCGAGCAGUUGCUGGGUGAAAUGCGCUCCCUCGGACUGGAGCCCAAUGCCCAGACGUACGUGAACAUGAUGUUGGCGGUUCGUUUGACGUGCGAGCCGCGUGAAAAGGCUGAAGCGUAUUUUCUUGAAGGUGUAAAAUGUGGCGCAUUGAGUUCCGUCAUGCGCCUCGACACAGAGUUCCAGAUGUGGAUGGACCAGCUUGACCGACUCGGUUCAUUCACCGCGAAGUCCGGUCACUUGUCGGUGAAUGAAGAGGGUGCAAAGCCGAUGCCUCAUGAUAUGUGGGCGUUGUGGGGCUGGCACCGCUCUGAAGCGAAGUUUAUUAGCCGCAAGCAGAUGAUCAAUGAGCAAGUGCGGAACCGCGUGCGCAGCGGGGGUGAAUUGGUGGGUACCACAUACUCCAAGGCACGGCGUCAGCCGUGGGCAAAGUACAACGGCAUGCUUCCGUUCGACUUCAACGGUCCAUCGUACCGCGGUGGCGUCGUUUUCGCGGAUGCUCCUGCUGCAGCACACAACACGGAGGCUUGUGGGACAGCCUUUUAG